AUGAUAUUGUUAAGUCUCAUAACUCAUUUUGAUGAUAUAUCAUCUGAGAAAGAGCCAUUAUGUCCCAUUAUAAAUGGUGUUGCAGGAACUGGUAAAAGUUACCUUAUUAAUGCUAUUAGAAAUCUUUUGCAAAGUAAAUGUGCUGUUGCUGCUACCACAGGUAAAGCAGCUUAUAACAUUAGAGGUGUAACUGUGCACUCUCUAUUAAAGUUACCUAUAGGAUCAAGAGGUAAAAAAGACCUAACAGGACAAAGCUUGUGUAAGUUACAAGAGAGUGUUAAUAACAUUGGAUACAUCAUUAUUGAUGAAUACUCCAUGAUUGGCCAAGUUACUUUGGUUGGAUAGACAAGCAUUGCAAACAAGCAACUGGUUAUAAUGACAAAGUUUUUGGAGGAAAAUCAUUGAUUUUAACUGGUGAUCCAGGUCAAUUGCCAACAGUAGCAGAUAAACCUCUUUACCAUGCUAGACCAUCAAACGCUGUUGGUGAACAGGGUCAUCAAGCAUAUCAUAUGUUUGACAAAGUUGUUAAACUCACUGUAAAUCAAUGUGAUGCAAGGUACAGUAUGACAUCUGAGCAAGUUACUGGAAGUUACUUCUGACAUGUCAAUCAUCGAAUGUCACUAAUUUAUGUGACUUUGAAGAUUCUACUAGACUCUUUUAUAGCAAUGAACAAGUUGCUAAUUACAACCAUGACCAGCUAACAAAACUUGAGCAUCCAGUUGCUCAUAUUAAUGCCCGCCAUUCAUCAGCAUUGGCAAAAAAGAUAUCCUCAGAUAUGUCUGGGUUAGAAUCUGUUGUGUUUCUAGCAAAAGGUGCUAGGGUCAUGUUAACCAUGAAUUUGUGGUCAAGUGUUGGUCUCUGCAAUGGUGCUACUGGGACAGUUGUUGAUAUUAUCUAUCAGAACAACCAUCAACCGCCUGACUUACCUAUUGUGGUAAUAGUAGAAUUUGAAAACCACAGAGGACCUGUUUUUAAUGAAAACCAACAAUUGUGUAUCCCAAUAUAUCCAAUCACUGUCACAUCACAGACAGAAAUAGGUUUCCAUGAGAGACAACAGUAA